CGAUGUACUGUUUCGGAAGAAGCCACGCAGCCUCCGAGUUGCUUCCUUCGUUCCGAUAUGGCGAUAUCUGAUUGGGAAACGCACCAUAAAUACAAGUAGCGUCCACCACUUUCCUUCCAAAACCCCUCUCCCAUUUUUCUUCUCAGAUAUAUCGUCACAUCAUGGUUGGCAAGCAAAAGGUGGUCAUGAAAGUACCAGUGAAUGAUGAGAAGAGUCGAUCUCGAGCGUUGAGAACUGCUGUAGGCGUACCAGGCUGCAUAUCGGUCUCAAUAGAAGGCAAAGAUAAAGAUAUGGUGGUGGUGAUAGGCGAUGGUAUAGAUUCGGUGGUGUUGACCAAAUCAUUGAGGAAGAAGCUCGGUGGUGCAGAGCUGAUUACAGUGACUCCCGUCGAUGAGAAGAAAGCCCAGGAAAAGAAGCCAGAGGAGAAGCCUAAGAAACCAGAGGAGAAGCCUAAGAAGCAGGACAACCAACCGGCUGUAUUUCCAGCUCUGCAGCAACCUAUAAUAUAUGUGCACCCUUAUUCACCGUACUAUAAUCCUGACCCUUGUGCUAUUAUGUGAGGCACUCAGAUUAUUUUUGUUGGUUUUGCUACUUUGGCUUGAUAAUGAUGGAUGUAAUAUCUUAUUACGGGGAAGUUUUGUGUUUAUGCUCUUGACUGGUGCUGGGUGUUUCAUUGAAAUUUGUUAUUAUACAAUAUUCAAGUUAUAUGAA